AUCAGAACAAUUUACGUUGCGAAAAAACAGUAUAUAUAUUAGCGAGCAAAGAUCAACAUACAAGUGGAAGUAGCAAAAAAAAAAAGAAAGUUUAAUAUAUCGACAGUUAUUAGCGCACUGAACAAAAAAAAGAGAAAGAAAGUGAAUUAUGAAUUUAUCUUUCGCUGGUUGCGGUUUUCUGGGCAUUUAUCAUGUCGGUGUGGCCGUGUGUUUUAAGAACUAUGCGCCACAUUUGCUGUUGGAGAAAAUUGGAGGUGCAUCUGCAGGCUCCCUGGCGGCAUGUUGUCUGCUUUGCGAUUUGCCCCUUGGCAGCAUGACAUCUGAUUUUUUUCGAGUAGUGAACGAGGCUCGUCGUCACUCGCUUGGCCCCUUCAGUCCCUCGUUCAACAUACAGACGUGUUUGCUCGAGGGUCUGCAGAAACACCUGCCCGAGGAUGCACAUUUGCGAGUGAAUGGGCGGUUACAUAUUUCACUGACUAGCGUCUAUGAUGGCCAAAAUGUUAUAAUUUCACAGUUCGAAUCUCGCGAGGAGGUGCUGCAGGCCCUGCUCUGCGCAUGUUUUAUUCCAGGCUUCUCUGGCAUUUUGCCUCCGAAAUUUCGCGGUGUGCGCUAUAUGGACGGUGCCUUUUCAAACAACUUGCCCAUUCUUGAUGAGAACACCAUUACAGUCAGCCCCUUCUGCGGCGAGAGCGACAUUUGUCCACGGGACCAAAGCUCCCAGCUGUUUCACUUUAACUGGGCAAACACUAGCAUUGAAAUCUCCCGACAAAAUGUCAAUCGAUUUGUUCGCAUUCUGUUUCCCCCCCGCCCCGAGUUCCUAUCGAAAUUUUGCCAGCAAGGAUUCGACGAUGCCCUUCAGUUUCUUCACCGCAACAAUCUAAUCAACUGCAGACGCUGUAUUGCUGUUCAAUCGACUUUUGUUGUCUCCGAAACAGUUGCUCAGCCCCCAGAGUUCGACCCAGAGUGCCAUGAAUGCAAAAAGCAUAGAAAAGACGCUUUGACAUCAAACAUGCCGCAAACUGUGCUGGACGUAAUACAGGACUACAUUGAGCAGGCAAACAAAGGAUUGGCCAACUGGAUCUUUAGGCAUCGCGGCCUCAAGCUACUCUCGCUGCCAGCCACAGUGCCAAUGGACUUUUUGCUGGCCACCGUAUAUAAAAUCUCCAGUCUGACCCCGAAGCUAACUAAACAAAUGCGACAAGUGGUUUCCCAGUUGCACAAUGCAAUUCAAACGCGCCUCUUUAGUAAAUUCACGCUCUACGACACGCCACACUUUGAUGCAACUGGAUUGUUGCACUCAAGUCGCUUGUACGGACCGCGCGUCUCAAUAUUGGUCGAUGAAUGCGGCGCCACCCCACUGAAUGUCGAUGUUGAUAACUUUGAACAUGUUCUUAAGAUGAGCACGCAUAAUGAUGCCCUCUACGCCUACUACUACACUGAUAAUAGCACCAAUCACGUAAAAGUGACUGAAAUAUUUGACUUUGAUGAAAUGACGGAGCACGGUCAGCUGGCUACAGAUUUGCAGCUCUACGAAGGCUCCGUCGAGGAUCAUCCAAAUCCACGUCAGUCACACUCACAUAAUGCAGUUGUCAGCGAAUGGAAUGGUGUUGAAUCCGACUUCUUCAUAGACGCUCAAACGCCCAAUACGACAGAAGAGCCCGAAUCGCCGUACUUCCACGCGCUAAAUAUCGAAAACGAUUCGGAAGAGACAAAUGCUUCUUUGGCUAAUCAGCAUGCGGCUCAAUCAUCCAUAAAUAACACCGAUUUAUGUAUAGAAAUCGAAUGAGCUCUCCUCACAUGACAAUCGAAACACGAAUUUAUAACGAAUAUAACGAUUCCAAAGCGGCUCCUAGCAAAGCGAAGAGCCUUAUUUAGCUUUCCGUUAGCUUUUAAUACUUAUAUUAUUGUAGUACGAAAGCGUAUGUUUCUAUGUAUGUAAUUAUGUAAUUUGUUUUACAUAUGCUCUUUGCUUCAUCUAGUUUUCUUUGGGUUGCAGUUAGAGCACGUUAUUAAACAUUGUUUUAUCCUUGGCUGUUUAUUCGUAUUUCAAAUGGCUUGAGAACAUCUAUGUUUAAUGUCUUCAAUAAUAAAAAUGUACAUCAUUUAAUCUA